AUGCCGUCGAAGAAGCAGCGCUUGACCAGCCCCGACGUGGAUACCCCGGCACCGUUGAUAGCGCCCCACAGACCUCAUAGCAGCCCCGGCUCCAUCGGUCGCUUGACACAGCCAGAGUCCAAUGAGCCCGCCAGCGCCGUUUGUGCGGCCUCAAGACGCCCCCAACUCGCUCCAAGCGAGAAGGUGGCAGUGCUCAAUUGGUACCACGCCAAUGGGCGCAACCAGAAGGCCACUGCAGCCCAUUUCCGAGCACUGUCACGCUAUGCCAAGCUGAACCAAGGGACAAUCAGUCGCUGGCUCGCUGCAGAGGCGAAGAUUCGAGAGGCGCAAUCGAAGUCCGUGGCGAGUGAUGCAGUUCACAAUUGCAGGCGCAAUGCUAGAAGAGUCUGA